AUGGCCUUCACAACGCGUCACUAUAUGGUCGAUGAGGACUGCGAGGACUUCUCCGAUGUGCCGCUGAAGCUUCACUCAUUCUUGGAGUUCUUGGAUGUUGGGUUGUCCUCCACGGACGGCAGCAACACAGAGCCGCACGUCUCUUCCAACGUAUCGGAGAAGAGCGAGGGUGAGUUGCCGGAGUCUGGAAUUCGUCGCUUGCUGCGAGUUGCGCCGUUGAAGGCGGCCGCCGACCGCCCGCGCCAGUGCUACUGCCUCGACAAUGCCCACUGCAUAUGCGGGCAGUUCUUUCUCCCACCCCUGCUGACGCGCAAUGCCGCAGGGCCUCUGCCCCCGCUGACGCACGGUCUGGCCACCAGCGGCUCCGAGGCGGAUGCCGUCAACGCCGCGCACACCUCGUCCACCGCAGCAAUGACAUCGUUUGGUGAGCCUAUGUACAUCUCGCUGUGCCCCCACCCUGUGAAGCUCGCGGCGCCCGUGCCGGUGGUGUCACUGACGACGAUGUCCAUGACGUCUACGAGCACGACGACAACGGGGUGUCGAUGCUAA